AUGUUCUUCAACAAGUCUAUCCUCGCUGUGGCCUUUGUCGCCCUCGCCAACCUCGUCUCUGCUGGCCAGACUCCUGCCUGUCUCCUGUCGGUUAUUGGUAACUCGGACAACCCCGCCGACCUGACUUCCCUGUGCGGUUCCGACAUGAAGAAGAUUGAAUCUCAGAUCGCGGACAAGUGCGGUGACAAGACCCAGUCGGCCCUGAAGUUCUACGCCAACACCUGUAACGCGGCUGGCCACCAAGUUGACAUCUCCAGUGUCACUGCUAGCUCCUCGGGCUUCGUUACUGCCACCGCGACCUCUGGUUCGGCCACUGGUACCGGUGCUUUUGCUACCUCUACUGGUUCACGUACUAGCGGUGGUGCCUCCUCCUCUGCUUCUGGCAGCGCAGCUCCCACGGCCACCAAGAACGCUGCUGUCGGUCUCCAGUUCCAGGGCACUGCUCUUGCUGCUGCUGUCUUCGCCGGUGCCGCCGCGCUGUUGUAA